CUUUAACUCUCACAGCUCCACUGCCACCGACGUCUAUCUCUCACCAUCGUCCUCGAUAUGGAUCUGCUCCUGCUGGAGAAGGCCCUGUUGGGCCUCUUCGCGGCGGUGACGCUGGCCAUCGUCGUCUCCAAGAUCCGCGGCAAGCACUUCAAGCUGCCGCCCGGCCCCUUCCCCGUGCCGGUGUUCGGAAACUGGUUGCAGGUGGGGGACGACCUCAACCACCGCAAUCUCACCGCCCUGGCCAAGCGUUUCGGCGACAUCCUCCUCCUCCGCAUGGGCGUGCGAAACCUGGUGGUGGUCUCCUCGCCGGAGCUCGCCCGGGAGGUGCUCCACGCGCAGGGAGUCGAGUUCGGCUCUCGCACCCGAAACGUCGUGUUCGACAUCUUCACCGGAAAGGGGCAGGACAUGGUGUUCACCGUGUACGGCGACCACUGGCGCAAGAUGCGGCGGAUCAUGACCGUGCCCUUCUUCACCAACAAGGUGGUACAGCAGAACCGGCAGGGGUGGGAGGAGGAGGCGCAGCAGGUGGUGGAGGACGUCAAGCGGGACCCCCAGGCCGCCACCCAGGGGAUCGUUCUCCGCCGCCGGCUGCAGCUGAUGAUGUACAACAACAUGUACCGGAUCAUGUUCGACUACCGGUUCCAGGGCAUGGACGACCCCAUCUUCAACAAGCUCAAGGCCGCCAACGGCGAGCGCAGUCGCCUCGCCCAGAGCUUCGAGUACAACUACGGCGACUUCAUCCCCAUCCUGAGGCCCUUCCUCAGGGGCUACCUCAAAAAGUGUCAGAAUCUCAAAGACAGCCGCCUCAAGCUCUUCAACGACCACUUCGUCGCGGAGAAGAGGAAGAAGAUGGAGGAACUGGGAUCCAAGAUGGAGCUCAAGUGCGCCAUCGAUCACAUCUUGGACGCGGAGAGGAGGGGAGAGAUCAACUACGACAACGUUCUGUACAUCGUCGAGAACAUCAACGUCGCAGCCAUCGAGACGACGUUGUGGUCCAUCGAGUGGGGGGUGGCGGAGCUGGUGAACCACCCUGGGAUCCAGCGCAAACUCCGGCAGGAGCUGGACGCCGUGCUCGGCCCCGGCGUGCCGAUCACGGAGCCGGACAUCCCGAAGCUGCCCUACCUGCAGGCGGUGAUCAAGGAGACCCUCCGGCUGCGCAUGGCCAUCCCCCUCCUCGUCCCCCACAUGAACCUCCACGAUGCCAAGCUCGGCGGCUACGACAUCCCCGCCGAGAGCAAGAUCCUGGUCAACGCCUGGUGGCUCGCCAACAAUCCCGCCAACUGGAAGAACCCGGAGGAGUUCCGGCCGGAGCGGUUCCUGGAGGAGGAAGCCAAGGUGGAGGCCAACGGCAACGACUUCCGGUACCUGCCCUUCGGCGUGGGCCGCCGGAGCUGCCCCGGCAUCAUCCUCGCGCUCCCCAUCCUCUGCAUCACCCUCGGUCGCCUGGUGCAGAACUUCGAGCUUCUGCCGCCGCCGGGGACCGACCAGGUGGACACCACCGAGAAGGGCGGCCAGUUCAGCCUCCAUAUACUGAAGCACUCCACCAUCGUCUGCAAGCCCUGAGCGUAAUCCCAACGUUCCUGGCAGGGCGUGCGGGGCCUCCGGGAGUUCGUAGACGGAUGGGUUUUCUUCUUUGGUUUUGUUGAUUCGGUCAUGGUGUGGUGGGUGUGUGGGUGAAGUGAUCUUCGAAUUAGGGUGACGAGAUAAGCGACGACGAGGACAGUUAAAGUAUGUUCAUACUUGUGAUAAUAUUAAUGGCUACCGAGAAGUAUUAUCACUA